CAGCUUUGACUAUAUAUGGUCAAAGCGACGAGGGAGCAGCCGAGCAGCCUGUUUCCGGGUUGGGUUUUUUUUUUGGCGUGUAUUCGCCCUCGCUCUGUGAACCCGCGGCGACAGGAGGGCAAGGCAAACGGAACGGAGGACGGGAGAGAGGCGGCGAGCGGCUGUGUGGAGGAGCGACCGUUGCUCGUUGAACGAGUGCGUCGGCGGUGACUCGCGCUUCAUCCCUUCAGCUGAGUGAACGGCCCGGCGCGCGCCGGAUCUCGCGGCGAUGCCUCACGAGCUGAGCAAAGUAUUUGCAUGCCUCCCGCAAGUGGAAAGGGGUGUUUCAAAAGUCAUUGGAGGUGAUCCUAAAGGAAUCAACUUUCUUUACACCAAUAACAAAAGUGUCGUCAUAAGAAACAUUGAUAAUCCAGGGAUUGCAGAUAUAUACACUGAGCAUGCUCACAAGGUUCAGGUUGCCCAAUAUGCACCCAGUGGCUAUUACAUUGCAUCCGGAGAUGUUACUGGCAAGGUUCGAAUUUGGGAUACUACCCGGAAAGAACAUUUAAUGAUACAUGAAUAUCAACCAAUUUCUGGAAUAAUCAAAGAUAUUUGUUGGUCUAAUGAUAAUCAAAAGAUUGCAGUUGCUGGAGAAGGCAAAAGCACGCAUGCAGCAGUUAUUCAAUGGGACACGGGAACUACUGUUGGGACAGUGAACGGCCACAGCAAAGCCAUAAACAGCAUAUCUCUUAAGUCAAGUCGCCCAUUCCGUGCUGUGACUGCUAGUGAUGAUUUUACCUGCGUGUUCUUUAAUGCAUAUCCUGUAAAGUUCGCGUGUACACUUUCUAACCACUCGGCAUUUGUGAAUUGUGUGAGGUACUCUCCCUUGGGGAACAAGUUUGCUACAGCUGGUGCAGAUGGGCUGAUUGUUAUUUAUAAUGGGCUGGAUGGAGCUGUGAUAUGUACUCUUGGAGAAGAGAAGGCCCACGGGGGAGGUGUCUAUGCUCUUAGUUGGAGUGAUGAUGAGAAAUAUCUCCUUUCUGCAUCUGGUGAUAAGACUGUUAAGCUCUGGGAUGUUGAAACCAAGACUGCAACGACAACAUUUAACAUGGGAUCUGAUGUACUGGACCAACAAUUGGGCUGCUUGUGGCACCCAAAACACCUACUGAGCAUUUCACUUUCUGGAUACAUUAACUACCUGGAUAAAGCAAAUCCCAACAAGCCUCUCCGCGUUAUCAAGGGGCACACCAAGUCAAUUCAGUCGUUGACUGUUCAUACUGAUGAUGGGAAGCAAUCUAUCUACUCAGGCAGCCAUGAUGGUCACAUAAAUUACUGGGAUGCUCUCUCUGGGGAGAAUGAUGCUUUUACAGGGAAAGGACAUACCAAUAUGGUAUCAUCUUUGGUGAUCAAUGAUGACGAUGAACUUGUCAGUUGUGGUAUGGAUGAUACUGUGCGUUUCACCAAUUUGAUCAAGAAAGAAUACAAUCCUCAAGACACAGUAAAGAUGGAUACCCAACCGAAGAACGUAGCAGUUGGUCCUGGUGGCUAUACUGUUGUCACUUCCAUUGGCCAGAUUGUACUCCUGAAGGACAAGAAAAAGGUUUUUGCAAUUGACAAUCUUGAUUACGAAGCGGAAACUGUAGCAAUUCAUCCUGGAGGAGAAACUGUGGCUGUGGGAGGAAAUGAUGGCAAAAUAUACCUGUAUUCUAUUCGAGGUUCCACUCUGCAGAAAAAUGACUGUGUAUUGGAAUUUGAGAACAAAGCCUCAGUGAAUGCUCUAUCUUAUUCACCUGAUGGUGCUAUCCUGGCUGCCUGUUGUGCAAGUAAAGUAAUGACAUAUAAUGUUGCGGAUGGAUAUCAGGGAACAACUGGCUACUAUGGACAUCAUGCUAAGAUUAUGUGUAUAGGAUGGUCUCCAGACAAUGAGCACUUUGCAACUGGUGGAAUGGAUGGAUUGAUCUUUAUUUGGAGCCUGUCUGCUCCAAAUCAAUCUAAAAGAUUCAAACUCUCAGAUACUCAUCGGUUAUAUCAUAUCGGCUGCAUUGUUUGGUUGGAUGAACACACUCUGGUGACAGCAUCCCAUGAUGCCUGUAUAAAGCAGUGGAUCAUCACCUAUACCUGAACAAGUUAUUGUAUUUGGGGAGGGGGCCUAGAAUUUCAGGGACUAGGGCUGCUGCUGUAGAAACGUAGUAUUGAGCAGAAUAUUUCUUUUUUUGCCCUGUGGGCCCCUUAUCACAAUCUUAUCUCUGAUAUACUGUGUUGGGAAAGCUUUAGCAGAAGAAAAAUGCACGUGAAAAGCACUUGUUAACCUAAUCUCUGGAGCUUAAUCUUGUACGUUCACAUUCCAGAGGCAACAGCCUUAUUUGUAUUCAUAUAACCCCUAUAUGCAGCUUUUUUUCCCUUUUUGUUUAAAGACCAGAUUUGACGUACUGAAUCAAGAGACUAAAACUCCAAUUAAAGAAUAUUUCUGUAUAAUGACAAGAUAAUUAAUGUGUGAUUGAAAUUGAUGCAAGUGCAGCUACUGUAUAUUGUACAUGUUAUUUCUUUUGCUUUAGAAAUCUGUACUGCACAAUUAUUGCCUGAGAUGUUCUCCAGAUUAUCAGAAAAAUACCUAAUAAAGUUUUUAAUGCUUUAAGAAUUCAAAAA